AUGUGAUUGGUUUAAGAAACGGAAAUGAUAGUUGAUGUUUUUUGUGUAGCUGAAAGGCGCCGAGCUGAAACUGACUCCGUGAGUUUAGACUGUCUGAGGCCGCACAGACCGUCGUCAGACCGCCGGGACUCUCCGGGACUCUGUGGUGAACCUCCGCUACCGGCUGUAGCCGUUACCGUCCGCCGUUUGGUGUCCUCUCUGGUGACUGUUAUCCGUUAGCCGUUGGCCGGUAUUGUGGGGUGUCAUGGCGGCGGGAGGCGGCGCGGCUCCUGCUCAUGUCGGAGAUGUUGAAGAAGAUGCUUCACAGCUGCUGUUUCCUAAAGAGUUUGAGAACGCAGAGACUCUGCUGAACUCGGAGGUCCACAUGUUGUUGGAACACAGAAAGCAGCAGAACGAGAGCGCCGAGGACGAACAAGAACUUUCCGAGGUCUUCAUGAAGACCCUGAACUACACGGCUCGCUUCAGCCGCUUCAAGAACAGAGAGACCAUCACCGCUGUGCGCAGCCUCCUCCUGCAGAAGAAGCUCCACAAGUUCGAGUUGGCAAGUUUAGCAAAUCUGUGUCCUGAAGCUGCCGAGGAGGCCAAAGCCCUGAUCCCCAGUUUGGAGGGUCGGUUUGAGGACGAGGAGCUGCAGCAGAUCCUGGAUGACAUCCAAACCAAGAGAAGCUUCCAGUACUGAGACCAGGACUUGGACUGCUGUCUGUGACUCUGCUUCUCCUGCUGGACUUCACCCUCAGUCUUGCCUGGACCUCCGUCUGCUUUUGGACUUCCGUCUGCUUCAUCAGCUGGUGUCCAGGACGACUGAACUGAACUGAGUGAUCCUGACCAUGUAAUGUGAUGACAUCACUCAGGUGUCACAGUGGUCAUGAGGAAACUCUGCUGAACACUUCCUGCUACCGUCACAAUAAACGUUGUUUUUUUUUUUA